AAUUCGCUUCAAUUUCAAUGCCUUGAUUCUUUACUAUCUGUAUCACGCUUCUUGAUACUUUCGCACAAGAAGUGUGAUUCAUACAAGUUCUGGAACGACUAUGUGCCGCUUGACACAAUGCGCUAUGCUGUAUUACACUGCGAUGUGCAGGUUCGAUUGGCUGCAUGGAUAUUGCUUUGUGAGCACCCUCAGCGAACACAUGCUUUCACUGUUGAUGAUCUGCAACUUAUUCGAGUAUUUUUAAUGACAAACAUGCCUGAGCAAGCACCCGCUAUACGACAGAAAAUCCUUUCUGGGCUGAAAAAGGUUCUCUGUCGGAUGGCUGAGACUAGUGAACAAGUUUUAAAAGGGAAAGGUGAUGAUAUAGGACAAGUUGAGAACUAUAACAACUUCAUCAGGGAUAUCUUGUCAUUAUCGUAUGAGUCGCUGUCGCCCGGAGCCAACUUUUGCCGACGUAUUAUGGCAUUGUCCAUCUUACAGUGCUUUUAUGUGGAAGACAUAAUGCGACCCCAUGGAAAAACCAUGUUCUUUGAUCAGCUUAAUUUGCCCAGCACUGUAACACCUUCUCGAUUCGCUGCCUUAGUUUCUUGUCUCGACGAUUCCUUCCAGUUAUGUCAAAUUACGGCUCUUGAAAUUCUCAAAAAUCUGCCGAUUGUGGAGGGAUUUGACUUCGAGGCUUUCAAGUCAGAAACUAUCGACAUGAUGAGAUCCAUUCGCUCUCACAAUACUCUAGCAACUGGAUAUAGAGUGCAGUUUUAUGUAAACUGUCAUCCAUCAUCAGUAAGAGAGCUGUUGGAAUAUCUGGUUAAUAUAUGUGCGCAGAACACAAAAGCAGCCCAAGAAAACUUGUUGAACAUAACCUACAAUUCUAUCCACCCUUGGAUGAACGCUAUUGCCAUUCUCUUAGAAAAUACGGAUUUUUCUAAAAUGGAUUUGAAGGUUCACGAUUGGUGGAUACCAUUUUUACAGCAACGAAUAAUUCCUCUCUGCUUCGACGUGGCAGCUGUGGUGACACCAGCGGUGCAUUCUAUGUCACCUGAGGGCUACAUUCCGGAAGAAACACUAAUGAAAAUGGCGACUGAGCCACCUGGUCAUCCCAGUCAAUCACUGAAAGUUGCAAUGAUGUCUCUUCUAGAAAUGAGCCACAAAUCUGUCACUUAUCGUGUUCACUCACUCAAUGUCCUGAAAGCCAUAUUCUCAUCAGCAACUCUGGGAGAUCGUGUCGCUGCCGCCCUAGAGUGGGCGUGUCGUGUUGCUGUUAGUGGAUGCUCAGCGGCUACAUGGCCAGAGCGCAAUGCUGCAGCCCAAUUAGCAGCUGCCCUUAGGGCACGGAUAUUUGGUGUUGCUCAUAAGAGCCAGCGGGAUCUUCAUGUAGACGCAAAAAAUCGUCAGAGUUCGUACGAGUUUUUCUCAAGGUAA